AUUACAAAAUUGGAAUGGUGUUUCUUACUGUAUGUUAUGCAGUCUUGCCUAAGUGAUUUGUUACAACUUUGUUAUUAUUUAGGCCUUUUUUGGUUAGUUCUGACUAUUAAUAUAAACAUAUGAAGCUACAUUGAUACUCUCAAUAAAAACCCUCAAUUAAACAUACACUCAUAGAAUUUCUACAGUACAUUUAUUCAUAUUGAUUGCAUAUAACAAGAGUAGUUGGUUGUAACACAAUAACAAUUACAUAUCAAUUAAUGUAAUAUGCCACCACCCAAAUUAAUUCCAUAUCCUACACCUACUUAAUACCAUGAUCACUCAAGCAUAUCAAGAUACAAAGGUCACAUGCUAGAAGUUUAGAUAACACCAUAGCAACUAGAAUGGUCAAUCCAGAUUUCAAUGGGUUUGCACUUAGCAUGUGAAUAACACAUUGAGCUAGGGAUCAAUAAGAGGAAUACUAUACAUUUACUUUGUUGGAUGCCAAGUUCUGCUUUGUCUUUUCUCAAAAUGCAGUUUAAAAUAUGUAAAUUGUUCUAUUUGUUGGUAAUUCAAUGUCUUUGAGUUUUGGUCUGCCUAAGUUUAACUCUAAGGAAUUGAUAUUAUGGAACCUUUGCUCUUUCAUUGGAUUUAUAAUAUGAUUUUGGAGGUUUUGGUGUGAUAUUUUAAAAUGUCCGAGAAAGUGGAACCAAGUGACAAGACACCUGUGAAAGGCAAAUUGAACGACAGCGUUAUUGCCAAUGAAAAUAAUCAAGAACAAAUUGAUAAUGGUUCGUCUCAUAAGUUGAAAAUGAGAAAGAAAAAGAAGGAAAAGAUUCAAAAUAAUGUAAUUGACAGCAAUGAAGAUAGGACUAAACUAGAAUCAAAUACCGGUACCGAUAAUGGUCACACUAGUGAAGGUACAGAUACCAGAACCGGUAGUAAUCACCCCGGUACGGAUGUUGACACAGGUUGCAGCAAUGGCCACCCUGACCAAGCUGCAGCAAAUACUGGAAUUGACAAAAAUGCAAAUUUAGAAACUGAAAUUAAAAAAUCGGAAGAACUUAAAUUCCGUAGAGGACAUAAACAUCAAGCACAGUACAAAUCUAAUAAAAGUCAAGAACAACAGCUUGAUGACCGACCGAAUGGCUCUGAUGCUUCUCACAUGACCUCAAACGAUAAUAACUUGGAUAAAAGUCAGAGGAACGUUGAAAAGUGGGAGAAGAAAAUGGUUAAAAAAAAGCAGGAAUAUCAAGAUGAGAAAAAUAAUUUGGAACAAAAAUUACAAGAAACAAAAACAAAAUUUGAAGAAGAGCUAUCCCCAAAACGACAGAUAAAUAAAUAUGAAACCGAUUUGAGUGCUAAACGGCAAGAGUACAUGAACCAACUCACCGACCUGCAAUUUGAUGAACAAAUGCAAAGUAUCACCAAGCGAAUGGAGGAUUUAAAAGAGCUGGAGGAUGAGCUGGACAGACGCUUCAAACAGUGCGUCGACUUUGAGAUGGAGGUGAGAAAACCAAUGAUUGAACAGGCUGAGAAAUAUCUAGAUAGAAGAGGUGAGAUUUGUAAGAGCAGAGAAGAAGAACUCAAGAAUUUAGAUGAGGAGCUGGAAAAUCUUCAUCAAGAGCUUGAGUUAGACAAAGAGACAUUAGAGAUGUCCGGAGUCAAUGUCAGUGAAGUACUAGGGAGCAAACGAGGAACAAGGUUCAAAAAAUUGUCAGUUUUGCGUAGGCAAUCUCUUGAAGAGGAUUACAUCAUAAAAGCAAACUUGAGAAGGACGCAGGGAGACCUCAAAUCAACGAAGCAAAAUCUGGAUUUAACCACAGAAAAGUUGGAUAAUCUUACUGAAGAGUUAAAUUUUCUACAGUCUGAGAAAAGAAAAUCUGAUCAAAAAAUCAAACAUCUUGAAACCCAACUAGCCGUUGCACUUGGUCAGCUAACCCAACGGAACCCAACACAACCUAAAGACCAAGACCGAUACAAGUCAGUCCACAAACACAUCACGUUGAACCGCUUGAAUGACGACGGAUUACUGAGCAUCAAUCAACAAGCUCAGUUGCGAAGGAAAAGUAUCGAUAGGUCAUCGUCCUCCGACGGUGGCAGAGGAUCUCGGAGUGGAACUGCUCAUAAUAUCUCCAGACUGGGCAGUGGGUUGGAGCCAAGUACUUCAAACAGCAGGGGGUCAUCUGAAGGCUCUAGUAGUGUGAUUGGUGAUCAGAACGUUGGCAGCACAGUCAGUGAGACUGGGUCAAUUAGUAAAAGUACCACAUGCAAUGUCAUGUGACAUUCGAGGGGUGUACAUUGGGGGUGUGAGUAUAAAAAUAUAUUUAUGUUUAUUUUAUUUAGGAUUAUCACUACAUAUUUUGGUACCUGUGAAUAUUGGCAGCAUUAUACCGAGCUACAACUUUUAUAAAAAAUAGCUAAGGUAUUUGC